AUGGCAGAUAAAAAAGCUACAGUUUAUAUUAUUGAUGUUUCCCCUACUAUGUGGCAUGUUAAACGUGAUGAUGGUCGAACUGCUUUAGAGUUGGCUAAACAAGCUCUUUUGAGAUUGUUAGAAGCUAAGGCACAUGUUAUGGCAGGUUUAAAGUCAGAUUUGACUAGUUUAAUAGUCUGUGGAGCUGAUGAAACUGAUAAUGACUUAUAUAAUGGAUCGGAAGCUUAUAAAAAUAUAUCUGUACUCUAUCCUAUAUCACAACCUUUAAUAUCUAUUCUUAGAACUGUAAAUGAUAAAUUAACCAGGGGAAAUGUGCAGGCAGAUGCAUUAGAUGCAAUUACACUUGCAUCAAAUAUGAUAAACCAACAUUGCAGACAAUUAAAAUACACGAAAAAGAUUUAUCUUUUAACUGAUGGUGAAUCUCCAAUGAGUGAUACUGAAAUUGAUAAUGUUCAUAAUGAAGAAAUUCUCCAAAAACUUUGUGAGGCAUCUAAUGGAACAUUGUUUACAUUACCAGAAGCGUUAUCUCAAUUAUCCAAACCACAUAUUAGACAAGUAAAAUUUGUGGCAUCAUACCGCGGUCAAUUAACUUUAAACGAUCCUUCGAUGCAUCCCGAACGUUCACUUGCUAUCGAAGUGGAAGCUUACACAAAAACGAUGAAAUCAACUCGUUUAACUGCAAAAAAAUACUCAACUUUUGCUGAAUCAGCAACAAACCAGGACGGGAAAACAUGCGAAGUAAACAUGUCUAGAACAUUUUCUAUAACUGUUAACGAGGAUGGAAAAACUGAGAUCAUUGAUGUGUCCAAAGAAGAGUUAGAUAAGGCAUAUUUGUUAGGAAAAACUUUUAUUCCUGUCACUAAUAUUGAAGAAGGUGUUCUAAGUUUGAAUACUACUCAAUCAUUUUCUAUACUUGGUUUUAUUAGAUCAAAUCAGUUUAAAAGAGAAUAUCUUCUUGAUAAAGUUUACACAAUAGUCCCACCAAAAAAUAAUUAUUUGGCAGCAAAUUAUCUCUCUGCUCUGAUUCAUGGAUUAUAUGAAAAAGAAACUUAUGCUUUAGUAAGAUAUGUACGAAGAAACUUUGAAGCUCCAAAAUUAGGUGUGUUGGCUCCUCACAUCACACCAAAAAAAGAAUGUUUAUACUUUUCCUUUAUCCCUUUCAAAGAAGAUCGUAAAUACAUUGAACUUCCUUCUUUGGAACGUAUAUUUACAACAAGUGGGAGAAGAGUUGACACACAUCCUAAUUUACCAAGUGUUGAAGUAUUGGAUAAAAUGGAAAUUUUUAUUAAAGGAAUGGAUCUUAUGGAGGCUGCAGUAGACAAUAACGGAAAUCCUAAAGAACAUUUAAAAUUAAAAGAAUGUUAUAAUCCGACUCUCUAUGCUCUAAAAAAAGCAAUUGCACAUAAAGCAUUAAAUCCAGACACUCCAAUACCUGCAUUAGAUUCAGAAAUUAUUUCACAAACAAAGUUGUUACCAACAUUAGCAGAAAAAAAUAAAGUUGUUGUUGAAGAAUUAAAAAAACUUCUUAAUGUUAAAAAAGCCAAAGAAAAAGGAAAAACUGCUAAGCGUAGAUUUGCCGAGGCCAAUAAGCCUGCAGAAGCAGAGAUUCCUAUAAGUGAAUUAUUAAGUGCUAAUGGUGAAGAACAAACAGUUGAAAAAAGAGCCAGAGCUGAAAUUGAUGUAGAUUCUUUAUUAAAAGAUAAAAAUGAUGUCACUCGAGAAGUUGGUGCAACAGAUCCAAUAUCUGAUUUUAAUAAUAUGAUUUCAUAUAGAGAGGAAGAUUUAGUCAGUACAGGUAGUAAUAACAACACUGUUUCGCAAAUGGCUAAAAUCAUAUUGGAUUUAGUUAAAAUUUCAUUUUGGGACUCUCAUUAUCCAAAGGCAUUAGAAUGUUUAAAACUCUUACGUACGGUUGCUUCACGGGAAAAUGAAGUUGAAAGCUAUAAUAACUUUCUUAGAGAAUUAAAAAACUUGUGCGUUCAAUAUUCACCACCAAAAACAGAUUUUUGGACGUUGGUUGUGAGAGAUCAUUUGACCUUGAUUAGUUCUGAAGAAGCUAUGGAUUCUACUGUUUCUAAAUCAGAAGCAGAAGAGUUUUUAUCAUUAUCAACAGCAGCAGAAUCACAACCUCCAGCAGAUGAUGAAGAAGGGAUAGAGUCAUUGCUCCGAAUGUUGGAUGAUUAA